CUUAAAAGCAUCGGGUAUAGGGGGAAAAACAAAUUAUUUCGAAACAUACAGAGCAUUUAAAUCCACCUUGGUAAAAGCGUUCAUGGCAGCUAGUGAAUUGAACAGGUUUUUUUAUUGUUUCCUCUGUGUUGCAAGAAUUUAAAACUAGGAAACUGGGCCCUGCGGGGCUGGCUGGGCGAGCCCCGCCCACUCCAGAACUACAAGUCCCAGCAGGACCCGCGCUGUGGUGGCUGCGCGCGGUGGGAGCCUGGCGGGAAGCUGCCAUGGAGGAGAAGCUUUGGCGGGUAACGGUGGGGCCGGCUUGGGGCAUGGGUCUGCCGGUGCGGGGUUUGAGGAGGUGGCCAAAUCCUGGGGACGUCCUAGGCCGGUCCUCGGCGCCCCUCACCCGUGCGGGAGGUUCCUUCCUUCUUUCCUGCCGGCCCAGGGCCUAGCGGAGGGGAGCCGGGCGGGUGCUGUGGAAGGUACCGGUGCGGAGCCAGCCCCGGUGCGUUAUCGGAGCCGUCGUCCGUCUCUCGGUCCUUCCGUUCGAGGCACCCGAGUGGUAGCGCUGGGGGUUGUGCUGGGGCCUGCCCAUUGUCGCUCCGCUUCUCUGGCGCUCGGGCGUGCGCGGUUUACGGGUAUAAGCGAACCCGUGGCGUUUUCUUGCCCUUUUGAGGGUAGGGGGACGGGCGAGACGUGGUCGCCGAUGGGUUUUGCAGUCUCUGUUCGCUCGCUUCAUCCUCUGCUACCUACUAGAUAACACCCUGAGCUUCCUGACUUUGAAGUAUCAGCUCACAGCCGGUUUAAGAUGCCAGCUUAUAAAGACCUUGGGCACCUGCAGUUCUUGAGUUUCAAGUCUUUCUUACUGGAGAGAGUGGCAGAAAGGUGUAUUUCACGCUAUGUUUGUGAACUUGAUUUUCCUUAAGUAUUAGGGUUUUCAUCUACAAGUAAUUAGUGCUGUUUGUUUCCAAGGGAUUGAUGAUUUUCUCCCCAGCGUAGUUCAGGGUGAUGUUUGCUGUUUGCAGUGUACAUAAGCCAAGAUGUUGGUAUGGUAGAAGCAUAAAGAAGGACAUUCUAGAAAGAAGCGUCUUUUGAAGUUAUAAGGUUGGGUCCUUUUCCGUCAGGUUGCUUGGAUAGCCUUAGACAAGAAUUUGUUACAUCACUAUUGAACUUCCAUGUGUUCAGUUAUCAGUUAUGAUCUAAUCUUUCAGUGCCACCAUAGACCACCAUGUUGAUCUCUUCAAUUUCUGAUCUCCCUUUCAGUGGGAGAAAUUGUACUCUGCAGGACUUGGGCCUGCACACUCUAGUAACUCUUUGUUCCCUGUGAACCCAUAGAGACUAUUUCCAAUGAUCACGGUUUGGGCAGUUUUAUCCCAUGCUGCUUUAAUGCAUUUUUUUACCAGCUGCCUAAAUACCCAUUUAACAUCUCUUGAAUCAUUAGUGUGUCUGUAGCAAAUGAGUCAUGCAAAUAAAAAGACAAAAAUUUAUCACCUGGAGAUAAGCAAGUGUCCAGAGAAAUGAAGGAGACUAAAAGCAAAAUGGUUUUCUAAACUUAAGAGGGUGUUUCAAAAAGAGACAAAGGAAGCUAUCUUCCCUUUUUCUGCCUGCGUUUUAAACUGAUGUAGUAGGAGGGGUUUUUUUCAGGAAUGUAGAUGUUUUGGGUUUGUGUGGUAAGGUUUUGGUAAGGGGGAUUGCAGGGUGGCUUCUGUGAGAAGCUGCUAGAAGCUUCCCCCAUGUCCAACAGAGCCAAUGCCAGCCGGCUCCAAGACAGACCCACUGCUGGCCAAGGCCGAGCCCAUCAGUGACAGUGGUAGUGCCUCUGGGAUAACAGAGCUAAGAAGGAAAAAAAAAAAAGGAGCAACAGCUUUUGCAGCCAGAGGGAGGAGUGAGCAGACGUGGCAAACUCUGCAGACACCCAGGUCAGUGCAGGAGGAGGUGCUCCAGGUGCCGGAGCAGAGAUCCCCCUGCAGCCUGUGGUGAAGACCAUGGUGAAGCAGGCUGUCCCCCUGCAGCCCAUGGAGGAAGGAUGGUGGGGAGCAGAGAUUCCACCUGCAGUCCAUGGAGGACCCCACGCUGGAGCAGGUGGAGGCACCUGAAGGAGGCUGUGACCCUGUGGGAAGCCCACACUGGAGCAGGCUCCUGGCAGGACCUGUGGCCCCGUGCAGAGAGGAGCCCACAGCAGAGCAGGUUACUUUAUGGUUAAAGAAAAUAUAUGGUAAUGAGCCUAUUCCACAGUAUGAAGUGAAUGCAAGGACUGUUGAUAUCUUGCAUGACCUUGCAGAAUUCAAUGAAGCCAGAGACAGGGAUGUUUCUUUGCUGAUAGAGUACAUGAAACAGAAGGAAGCAGAAUAUGAGGCAGAAGCUAACUAUCUAGCAGGCCUUCUCACAGAAAGCCUGGAUCUGUCCGAAUCCAGCCUGUCCAAGGAAGGCAUCAGAUACCUCAAUGUCCUAGUAGACACUGCAAUGACACUUGAAAUGAAGGACACUUCUCUUGCCAGCUGCUUCUGUGCCAUCGAUGAUCUGACUUCGGAGCUGUAUGCAGCAGAAUCAGAAAACAGAGAAAUUAAACUGGAAUCAAGCAAGAUUAAGGAAAAACUAACUGCAGUGCUGAUGCUGGAAAAAAAGUUAGCAGCGGAUCUUAAAAAAACAGAGGUAUUUCUGGAAAUAGAGAAUGCUAAAGCUGACAGCCGAUCCAAGAACUUGGAGUUCCUGAAAAAUAAAUCUGAGGAUUUCAAAAACAGGAUCAAGGCUGCUGAGGACCAGCUUGCUGCCAUGGCAUUGGACCAGUCGCUGACACAUGAGUCGCUUGUGAGCCUGUCUGAGAAACUGGCUGAACAGCAGGAAGAAAUUGUGGUUUUGAAGAAGAAACUGGAAUUCUACCUAGAUUUACCUCCUAAUCUUUCCCUUGCACAAGUGAAGAUUGAAGAAGUAAAAAGAGAACUGAAUACCUUGGAGGAAGAGCUCUCAAAGGAGGUCAGUUCACUGACUUUUGAGAUGUAGAGGCCCAGCAAACUCCAGUUCACCUGAAGUGACCUGCAUGGAAGAAGAUUUCCCUUCUAUUUAUUGGCACUACUAAAACACUUUGGAAUUCUUACCGUACUUCUGCAGCUUUCUGCUUCACUCUUCCUGUUGGAUGGCACGCUUGUGACCUGCCAGCCAGCACGCUCAUUUUUAGUGGCUUAUGUAGCCUUGCAUUUGUAAACUUCACCUAUUUUUCAUAAAGUAACUCCCAAACUUUUUUCUUUAUCAGUUCUUUUUCUAUAUGUGAUACAGACCUGUAACUGCCCUCCAGAUAGCACCUUCACCAGGAGAUGUCCCUGUCAAGAUUUGAUUGGCCAUUACUAUUUAGAAUUGAACUGAUCAGGAAGCCUGGUUUUCUUUUUGCCUGGAUUGUGCUUUUUCCUGGAGUCCUCUCUUUGGUGGUGCAUGUACGGUGAUGACACACUCUUUACAUUUACUAGUUCAUUGGCUUUUGCUCCCUUGUUUUGUUUUCUCCUGUCACUUCAGGAUUGGGGACACGUAAUUUUUUUUUUCCAUUCAUAGCAUGUCUGAUGUUUACUGAGUUUGUGAAGAUGAUUCUAGACUCGUGCCGGGAGUGCAUCUCAGUUUCAGCGUUUUCUUUAAACAGAAGUGAACAGUUAAAUUUCUCCUUAAUGUCUUCAGCAGGGAUUUGAUAUGUUAAUCAGUGAAUGAUGUUCAUCCUUAUAAAUAGACUUAAGCAAAUGAAAGUAGAUAAUAGCUUUAUGGAUAGUAAAGUCAUAGCUUUAAAAACAACGGCUUUAAAGUAAGACCUUUCUAGGUCUGAAAAUGCACAAAUUUAUUCACAGAACCACUGUGGGAUGUGAUUGUUUUGAAGCUAAAUUGUCCUUUCCAAUUCUACCUCAAAUAUCAUCUUCCAAAAGAGUUCACAGAGCCCCUCUCUUAUUUCCAUGCCACCAUCAUAGCAGCCUUAAACACCCCAGCUUUUAAAAGUUGUUUUGUACUAAAGCCAAAAAUCUGAAAAUUCCCCGUGGAUGGGGGAAAAUCAAAAUCUAGAAAUAGUGGCAGCACCUAGUAUCCCUGAAUUCCCCCUUUGUACUGGGCAGUGUCCUGACAAAUAGCAGCGGUGCUCUCAUGACAAUUUGUAGCUACAUCUGUUUGCAAUUAGAGUUGCAAAAGAUAACGGUAAUGAUAUAGCAUGGUGUGCCUGUCCCCAGGAGCUGUUACUUAACUGUGGAAAUUGAUUUUGCUGAUGUGCAGGAAGAGAGAUUGUUUCUAAUGCUUCAUGUCCUCCCUUCAAGCAACAGGAUCAUGAGAUCUGUAUCUGAUCAUGCUUAGGGCGUAGCUCUGAUUUCUAAGCUGCAAGCUCAGAGUGACACUGGUGUUGGUGAAGUGCCACAGCCCUUUGUGACCUUCAUCUUGUUUUUUUCACUGCAAAAAUGAAUGACCUCAGAGGUAACUGGUGUGAAAUCCAGAGCAGGUGUAGUAGUGCAAGGAUGACUGCAAAUACAGCUACUGCUUAUUAAAAAAAAAAAAAAAAAACAACCCAACCCAGAACAACAAAAAAGGAACACCAAACACCAAAAGAAGGUAAGGGAGCAGUCUUUGAACGUGGAAAGAGCAAGAGCAUAAUCUGAUCUUUCCUGCUGUGGAAGAGGAAAGCAUUCAUAGUCUUGAAAGGCAUCAGAACAUUGCUGGGUAGACACCAGAGAGAGAAUGAUUUAAUAAGAAAGCCAUUGUAAGGCACUAGAGGUCAUGGCCUGCCAAUUAAGGAAUCUUAAUCACUGGAGGCUUAUUUUAAAAGCAGAUCAGAAAUGCUUUGCUUAAGUGUUUAUAAUGCGGGGCAGCAUUGAUCGUGCUUUGGGAUAGGAAGAUGGAUUAGAUGAGGGCUUGAGGAUGCUACCAGCCCUGCUUUUCAACAAGAGUCUCAAGACUUACUCAGCACUAGAUGAAGGCUUUUUAUUGUGCAUGUGUAACCAUGACUCAAGGCUCGGGAGGAUUUCCUGGGGCUGUGGCACUCCCUGAACACCACUUCAUCACUGCACCAGUUGUGAAACCUGGGGAGGUUCUCCCCCUGCGCCUGCAGGGCAGCUGCACCCCUUGGCACGUGCUGCAUCCCAUUCAUUGGCAAAGAGCCUGAACACAGACAGCAGCAGGGCCAGGCUCCCACUUGAGCUGUCCAAAGGUUGCAUGCGUUGACUCUAAGUGUUGGAAACACAGGAAAAAAGUACUCAGCAGCUGCCUUUGACCCUUGUGCCACAGCUGAGCCAUCUGCGAGCACAUGCAACGUAAAUCAGAGGCCAGUUGUUCGGUCCGACAGUUCAGCUUUUGAUAGAAAUGGGGAAAGUUAAAUAAAUGAGACUUAAGCAGCCAGAUUGCUCAGCUCUUCAGUUACAUGUCUGCAUGGGCAGAGUGCCUUGUAGGGCAAGUGGAGGUGUCCUUCCUCGCUGUUGGUGUUCUGGGGUGGUCCAGCUCUUCUGCCACAGGGAUACCUCACAGAGGUCCUGUGGAGACAUGAGCAUGCCAGCCCAAGUGCUUAGCUGAGAAAAUGUUUGAUUUUGGACUCCACCCUCUGCCCUGGCAGCUGUUGAGUGUUUCCAGGGAGGUCACAGCGGGUGGUGAGGAGCUGUGUGGCAGCCUGGAGGGAGGCUGCCAGCUGGACCCCUCGACUGUGGUAUAAUAUGAAAUAAUCACCCAACUGAGAAUGACAUGAAUGCCUGGAGAGGUCUCUGCUGCUUCCAGAUUAUAUCAACUGCUCCACUCUGAAGUCCCAGCUUGAAUUUUGGAGGCACCUGUCCAUUAACACCUGCAAGCUGAGAGCAGUUGUGUUUGCUGGGAGCUUUGCCUGGGGCUCUGGGGCAGCUGCCUGCAGUGUGGGACGAUGUAGGGCUGGAGCUGGAGCCAGGCGGAGCUGCAGACCUCUCAGUUCUAUGCACAAAGUGCAAAAGAUGUGUAUGCUUUAUCACUGUGCGUUCAAUUCCUCCUCCUGGAAAAUGUGAGUAUCUAAAUUCCACCUGGGGGGAAAAAAAAGGAAUUAAAAUUAUGCACUAGAUGUGAAAAACAGUGGUCAGCCUCAAGUUGUAAACUUGUAUACCUUUUACCACAAAGUGACAUGCUGUUCUUAUCAGGCCAAUAUGCAAAUUAAUAAUUGCUUUAGGAAAAAAUAUAAAUAGAAUUCGUCCCCAAAUUAGCUAGGGGAUAGGGAUUUACUUAAAA